AAAUAAUUAAAUAUUUAAUUACCAAUUGCUUAAUGGUGGCAGACAAUCAUCUGACCCAUAGGUGGCAACCAUCUCAAGCCAGAGGACGAGAGGAUUCUAGCCGCCCCGAUGCCACGCAUAUAAAGGAUUUAUAGUGAAAAACUUUGUUUUUACGGGUUAAUUUUUCUUCAUUGAAUCAGAAUGUUUAUUGCCGUGGGACAUUGUUGUUGUUGCUAGUACUGUACAACAAAAAAAUGACGGAAACAUAACAAUGGGUUUGUACCGCUUUUCCUGGCAAUGUGACUGAGAGGGCGUUGAGACAUUGGAACACCAAACAGGGUCGCUCUUGCAAGGCAGCGACUCUGCAUUCACCACACUCCGUCUGCGUGUUUUGCCACAGCGGAACCAUGCUGGCGCGAGAGAGCAUCAUCCCGGAGGAGUUCCUCCUGGCGAGGCUGGCGGAGGAGUAUGCGCGCCUGCCACGCUACAGCACGCGGCCACGGCGCGCCCGCUUCAUCGAGAAGAGCGGCGCUUGCAACGUGGCGCACAAGAACAUCCGCGAGCAAGGGCGCUUCCUGCAGGACGUGUUCACCACGCUGGUGGACCUGCGCUGGCCCAACACGCUCAUCGUCUUCAACAUGGCCUUCCUCACCACGUGGUUCCUCUUCGCCAUGCUCUGGUGGCUCAUCGCGUUCGCGCACGGAGACCUCGCGGGCAGCCCCGCGCCGUGCGUCACCGACGUGCGCUCCUUCACCGCCGCAUUCCUCUUCUCCAUCGAGGUUCAGGUGACCAUCGGCUUCGGCGGGCGCAUGAUCACGGAGCAGUGCCCGUGCGCCAUCUGCGCCCUCAUCAUGCAGAACAUCGUGGGCCUGCUCACCAACGCCGUCAUGCUGGGCUGCAUCUUCAUGAAGACGGCGCAGGCGCACCGGCGCGCCGAGACGCUCAUCUUCAGCCGGCACGCCGUGGUGGCGCUGCGCGACAAGCGCCUCUGCUUCAUGGUGCGCGUGGGAGACCUGCGCAAGAGCAUGAUCAUCAGCGCCAGCGUGCGCAUGCAGGUAAUCUGCAAGACGACGACUUCGGAGGGCGAGGUGAUCCCCAUGCACCAGGUGGACAUCCAGAUGGACAACCCCGUGGGGGCCAACAGCAUCUUCCUGGUGUCUCCGCUGAUCGUGAGCCACACGGUGGACGCGCGCAGCCCCCUCUACUCGCUGGCGGCGGCCGAGCUGCCCGGCGCCGACGUGGAGGUGGUGGUGGUGCUGGAGGGCAUCGUGGAGACGACAGGCAUCACCACGCAGGCGCGCACCUCCUACCUGGCCGACGAGAUCUUGUGGGGCCACCGAUUCGAGAGCGUCGUCACGGAGGAGGACGGCCGAUACUCCGUCGACUACUCCAAGUUCGGCAACACCGUCAAGGUGCCGACGCCGCGCUGCAGCGCCCGCGACCUCGACCGCGCGCGCCACCCCGAAGCCUUCGGCCCUCCCCAGGCGGGACCCCCCCUCCUGCAGCUCGCCUGCCGCCACGGGGCCGACGAGCCGUUGCCGCGCGCCGAACCCGCCUCCUCCUCCAACUCGUCCAUGUCUCCGCUGCGGCGCCGGAAGAACCACCGCUCCGGCUGGGGCGGCAGCGGAGACAGCUUCGGUGGCGGCGGCGGCGGCGGCGGUGGCGGUGGUGGUGGCAGUGGCGGUGGCAGGCACCGUCUGUCCGUGCGGUUCGGGCGGCCCCGGUCGGCAAGCGAGCGCUCCGACGGCGCGCGGGAGGGAAGGCCCAGGCCCGCGUCGCUGCACCUCGCCUCCGCCUGAGCCUCCGGCGUCGGCGAAGAGUCGAGACGCUCGGUUCUUCGGCGGGUGGCGGCAGUGGUGGUGGCGGUGGUGGUGAUGUUGGUGGCGAUGGUGGUG